CAUCCGCUUCCUCUUUCUCUCAGUGCCUGCUGUAGUUUAAGGUGCUCGGUCCUUCCGACGAAGCUAAGGCCCGAUUUCAAUCCGGCGACUAGCACCCUGUAACUCAGCCAUCCGCGCCCGCCACACCUCCCGCUACACUUAGUCAUGGCCUCCGUAUCUGAGCUCGCCUGCAUUUACUCCGCUCUCAUCCUCCAUGACGAUGAAGUCUCCAUCACGGAGGACAAGAUCAACGCUCUGAUCAAGGCAGCCAACGUCAACAUCGAGCCCUUCUGGCCUGGCCUGUUCGCCAAGGCUCUCGCCAACAUUAACAUCGGCAGCCUGAUCUGCAACGUGGGAGCCGGUGGAGGAGCCCCUGCCGCUGGUGGUGCUGCUCCUGCUGCCGCAGCUGCUCCAGCUGAAGAAAAGAAGAAAGAAGAGGAGAAGAAGGAAGAGUCCGAGGAGGGUUCCGAUGACGAUAUGGGCUUCGGUCUCUUUGACUAAACAUUUUUGUAAGCGGACUUGUAAUAAAAGAGCUUCAUAGUA